CGAGGUUUUUCCUUUUUCAGCCAGCAUCGUUGCUGUGUGUGAGUGCGUGGCUUUGAUGGACUGGUGAAAUUGUCAAAAUUUCCUUAAAGUCAGUCAAUUUUGAGUUUCAUUAGAGUGCUAUCGUCAUGCCGGCGUACUUCCAGCGCCCAGAGAAUGCUCUCAAACGAGCGAACGAAUUUCUCGAGGUAGGCAAGAAGCAGCCAGCCUUGGAUGUUUUGUACGAUGUCAUCAAGAGUAAGAAACAUCGAACAUGGCAGAAGAUCCACGAGCCCAUUAUGCUCAAAUACCUGGAGCUCUGUGUGGAUCUCCGCAAGAGCCACCUGGCCAAAGAGGGACUCUACCAAUACAAAAAUAUCUGCCAGCAGGUGAAUAUCAAAUCUUUGGAGGAUGUAGUGCGGGCUUAUCUGAAGCUAGCAGAGGAAAAGACUGAGACUGCUAAAGAAGAGUCCCAGCAGAUGGUUUUGGACAUUGAGGACCUGGAUAACAUCCAGACACCAGAAAGUGUGCUUCUGAGUGCUGUGAGUGGAGAAGACACUCAGGAUCGUACUGAUCGCUUGCUGCUCACUCCUUGGGUGAAGUUCCUCUGGGAGUCGUACCGACAGUGCCUGGACCUGCUGAGAAACAACUCCAAGGUGGAGCGUCUGUACCAUGACAUCGCCCAGCAAGCAUUUAAGUUCUGCCUUCAGUACACCCGCAAAGCAGAAUUUCGCAAGCUGUGUGACAAUCUGCGCAUGCAUCUUGGUCAAAUCCAGCGGCACCACAACCAGAGUACCGCCAUCAAUCUGAACAACCCUGAGAGCCAGUCCAUGCACCUGGAGACACGUCUUGUGCAGCUGGACAGUGCCAUAAGCAUGGAGCUCUGGCAGGAAGCAUUUAAGGCUGUAGAGGAUAUCCAUGGCCUGUUUGCUCUUUCCAAGAAGCCUCCAAAACCACAGCUCAUGGCCAACUAUUACAAUAAAGUAUCUACUGUCUUCUGGAAGUCUGGAAAUGCUCUCUUUCAUGCUUGCACCCUCCACCGACUCUAUCACCUGUCCAGGGAAAUGCGCAAGAAUUUGACCCAAGAUGAAAUGCAGAGGAUGUCCACCAGAGUCCUCCUGGCCACACUGUCUAUUCCCAUCACCCCCGAGCGCACUGACAUCGCUCGACUGCUGGACAUGGAUGGUAUCAUUGUGGAGAAACACCGCAGGCUGGCGACCCUCCUGGGUCUGCAGUCUCCACCAACCCGCCAGAGUCUCAUCAAUGACAUGGUGAGAUUUAACUUGCUGCAGUAUGUAGUACCUGAAGUCAAAGACCUUUACAACUGGCUUGAGGUUGACUUUCAUCCUUUGAAGCUGAGUGGAAGAGUGACCAAGGUGUUGAACUGGGUAAGAGAUCAGGCUGAGAAGGAGGCAGAUUUGCAGCAGUAUGUCCCACACCUGCAGAGUAAUACCAUCCUCCGGCUCCUGCAGCAGGUUGCACAGAUCUAUCAAAGCAUUGAAUUCAGCCGUCUGGCCUCCCUGGUUCCAUUUGUGGAUGCCUUCCAGCUGGAGCGCUCUAUUGUGGAUGCUGCACGGCACUGUGAUCUGCAAGUUCGCAUAGACCACAGCUCUCGAACUCUAAGCUUUGGUUCUGACCUGAACUACUCAACCAAAGAGGAUGCUCCUGUUGGGCCUUUCCUGCAGAACAUGCCGUCUGAGCAGAUAAGGAACCAGCUGACCGCCAUGUCUGCUUCCAUGGCUAAAGCUAUCCAGAUCAUCAAGCCUGCCUCCAUCCUGCAAGAACGUGAGGAGCAGAGUCAGCAGGCCAUUGCUGCCUAUCUGAAAAAUGCCCGCAAGGAUCACCAGCGCAUCCUGGCUCGUAGACAGACCAUUGAAGAGCGCAAGGAGCGUCUAGAGAGCCUAAAUAUUCAGCGAGAGAAGGAGGAGCUUGAACAACGAGAAGCUGAGAUGCAGAAAGUUCGCAAGGCUGAGGAGGAGCGUCUCCGGCAAGAGGCCAAAGAGAGGGAGAAGGAGCGUAUCAUGCAGGAGCAUGAGCAGAUUAAGAAGAAGACAGUCCGUGAACGGCUGGAGCAAAUCAAGAAAACUGAACUUGGUGCCAAAGCCUUCAAGGAUAUUGACAUUGAGGACCUGGAGGAACUGGAUCCUGAUUUCAUCAUGGCUAAACAGGUGGAACAGCUGGAGAAGGAAAAGAAGGAACUUCAGGAGCGUCUGAAGAAUCAGGAGAAGAAGAUUGACUAUUUUGAGAGGGCGAAACGCCUUGAGGAGAUACCUCUCAUCAAGAAAGCUUACGAGGAACAGCGUGUCAAAGACAUGGAGCUGUGGGAGCUCCAGGAGGAGGAGCGGAUUAACAAUAUGAAAGUUGAGAGAGAGAAGGCUCUGGAGCAUAAGAAACGCAUGUCCAGGAUGAUAGAGGACAAAGAAAACUUCCUGUCCAAAAUAACAGCUGCCCGCAGCUUCAUUUAUGAGGAAAAAUUGAAAGCCUUCGAGGAACGCCUGGUGGAGGAAAGGAAGAAACGUCUAGAAGAUAGGAAGAGGCAGCGCAAAGAGGACAGGCGUAAUGCUUUCUACCGCCAGAAAGAAGAAGAGGCUCAGCGCAUCCACGAGGAGCAGCUCAAGAAAGAACGUGAAGAGCGUGAGCGCCUGGAACAAGAGCAGCGAGAGGAGGAGGAGAGGGAGUACCAGGAGCGUCUACGCAAGCUGGAGGAGCAGGAGCGCAAGCAGCGCGCUCGUCAGCAGGAGAUCGAGGAGCGAGAACGCCGCCGUGAGGAGGAAAGAAGGGGUGCACCAGAGGAGAGAGCCAAGGACUGGGGAGACAAGGGUGAGAAAGAGGAGGGAGGCUGGAGAAAACGCACUGAAGGAGGGGAAUCAGACUGGCGUCGCUCUGUACCGGACAAGGAAUGGAGACAGGAGGGCCGAGAUGAUGAGAAAGAAGACAGAGAGGGUCCCUUCAGACGAGGAGAAGGUCCUCGCAGGGGUGGAGAUGACAGAGGACCUCGCAGGGGCUUUGAGGAUGAUCGAGCCCCACGUCGCAGCGGUGAUGAUGACCGUCCUCUACGUAGAGGGAUGGAUGAUGACCGUGGGCCACGCAGAGGGUUUGAUGAUGAUCGCGGGCCAAGGAGGGGUGCAGAUGAAGACCGUGGCCCAAGACGAGGCUUUGAUGACGAUCGCGGUCCAAGACGUGGCUUUGAUGAUGACAGAGGUCCUCGUAGAGGCAUGGAUGACUCCAGGGGAUCCAGGCGUGGGGCUGAUGAUGACUGGGGCCCUAGAAGAGGAGGGGAUGAUGACAGAGGUGGCAGGAGAGGCCUGGAUGAUGGGCCACGCCGCGGUGAUGACGCCAAACCCUGGAAGCCCCUUGGCAGACCUGGUGGCUGGCGUGAGCGGGAAAAGGCCCGAGAAGAGAGCUGGGGCCCUCCCCGUGGUGGAGCUCGGGAUGACGAUGAUGAAGAUGAUGGAGAUGAAAGACAAGGUGAACGAUUCAGAGACCGUCGUCCACAGAGAGAGGACAACACCUGGAGGAGAGGAGGCACAGAGGAAGGAAGCAACUGGAGGGAUUCCCGCAGAGAGGAUGCCGACCGCGAUGAUCGUCGCGACCGUGACGACCGUCACGACCGUGACGACCGCCGCCCUGAGCGUCGUGAGCGAGACCGCCGUGAGGAUCGUGAACACAGAGGCCCGCCCAGAGAUAAUGAGGAUGGUGGCUCCUGGCGUCGUGCAGGUGAGGAUAAACGUGAGGAGCGGGACAGGGACCGUCCCAGAGACCGAGAGAGAGACAGGGAGAGAGAGCGCGAGGCUGACGGGGAAAAGAACUGGCGUUCUGACAAAGAAAACCCUCGACGCACUAAGAAUGAGACAGAUGACGACGGCUGGACCACUGUUCGCCGCUGAGCAUCAACUUCAUCCUUCAUCAGAUUUAAAUCAGAAAAGAUCUAAUUAAUAGAAUGGUAAUAUUGGCCUCAACCUUGAAUCAGUGGCUGCCAGCUGCUGAUGUGUUCAUCUAAAUGAAUUUCUUUUUGUAGACUAGUUUUCCUCUGGAUUUAUUUUGUUUUUAUUUUAUCUUCCUGAGUAACAGGAAUCCUCACCACCUUAAAAAAAACAUUAACCAACAAGCUUGCAUAUACUCAGGCCUCACACAAACUUUCUUAAACACCAGGACCCGUAGUGGUUACGAGUGGUCAAACCUUACAUGAUUAAGUGUAACUGAAUUGAAAACCAGUGCUUUGAUCAACUGCCUCUUUUAAAUAUUCCUACAUUACAUAGAUGUUAUAACAGAUUUACAAUUCCUGUAACAGCAGCAAUGAGAAAUCUUUCUUCUCUCACAUAUUUCUGCUCUUCAUUUAGUGGGAGAUGCCUCUUAACCUGUUAACGAGUUUGUGGAAUUUCCUUUUUGACGUGCAUGCUUAGAAUAUUGAAUAUUGAAAUGGCCGCUUGAUAUCCAGUGUGCGCUUCUAUCCUGCUGUAGCCAGUGGUUUUACUCCAGGCUGCGUGUGCACAGAUGAAGGCUUUAUUAAUAAAGAUGUUUGCUCACCA